AUUUAACCCACGUGGCAUAUGGAAGCAAAGUUAACCAACUCCUUACCUCGACUCGAUGAUGGGACUAAGCGCUACUACAAUAGGGUAGAGACUUACCUGGACGAGGAGGGGGAGGACAGAGAGCUCUUCUGUCAGAAUGUCAUUAAACAGGUGUGUGGGAAGGACGGUGUGGCUCGAGUAUGCUGUGACAAGGAUGGAUCUAGGGCAUUGGAACGUUUGCUGCGGGAGAAACUAAUAGAUUCCGAGUCAAUGAGAGACCUUGUGGAUGGUAUUCUAGCUGACUAUUACCAGAUUGCCAAGAACAAGUGCGGAAGUCAUGUGGUGGAAAUUCUGCUGAAAACUGUCAAGCCUUCCGAAUCAACCUCAACUGAACUCACUGAGACGUUUCACGGGCUAUGUAGUUCGUUGACCGAAAAGUUAUCCGAUUUUGUUGGCCAUCCGUACGCAAGUCAUGUGAUCAGCUCUUUGAUACAGGCCGUGUCCGGUAUUCACCUCAGCGAUCAUAUCAGCAGGAGCAGAUACUCACAGGAAUUCAGAAAAGCGAAAAUGGCAAACGUUGCUAAAGACCAGACGAAAGUAUCAAUUCAUACCAUUCCUGACUCAUUUUCGAAACUUCUACUAAAUAUCUAUGAACAUCUCUACAAGAACGACAAGCUAGGUGAUUUGCUGACUCAUCAGUGUGGCAGUCCUGUCAUACAAACGCUACUGAGAGUACUAUCCAAUUGUCAGCCUAAGAACGCUGCCAAACUCAUCAAGAAAAUCGCGAAGAUAACACACCUCAAUGAAACAUCUGAUAAAGAUUUAGCACCUGUUUUCACUCACCUUGUUGGAAGUCAUCUGGUUGAGACUGUUAUUGAGGUGUCCUCCCGUGAAGUGCUUGAUUCUGUGUACGAGACAUGCUUCAAGGGACGACUGAUGUCAUUUGCUCUCCAUCCUGUGGCCAACUACAUACUCCAGAAACUACUGACUGUUCCAUGGCCAAACAAAGUUCCAACUUUCGUAGACGAGUUAGCUUCUCUGGAGGAGGUGUUGUUUGCUGGUCACACUGGGGUGGUGGUGAAGUUAGUGGAGGCUGUCACUGUAUACCCGGACUCUCAGGACACCCUGCUCCAGCUCUUACUGACAGCCUUCCACGCUGAGAGCCAGCUCAAGAUUUGUGCCCCCCUAUUCCUGGCAAUGACUGCUUACGAAGUUUACACCGAGGAGAAGAAAGACGAAUCGAAGACAAUCUCCAUCCAUCUCCAUGGCUCUCUGAUUGUUCAAGCUCUGCUCAAGUACCAGGACACCAAGUCUGUCGCCAGAAGCCUCCUCAAAAUGACAUCAGAUGAUGUCACCAAGAUGUCAUGUGACCAGAGUGGCAGUCAUGUGGUCACCACCUUCAUGUCUAGCCCCACUGUCUCGGCCAAGAACAAAUUGAAGAUGGUUGAAAAACUAGAGGAGCACUUAGUGCAUUUGAGCAAGGACAAGCAUGGAAGUCGUGUUGUGGAUGCUCUUUGGAGAAACUGUGAAAUUGCCCGUAAAGAUCAACUGGCUCAUUCUCUGCUAAGCUGUGAGGAAGAGCUAUCGAAUGAAUUCUAUGGCCAGAUAGUAUUGCGUAACUGUAAUAUUGCUCACUACAAGAGGAAGCAAGACUCCUGGAGGGAGGAAGAAAGAGCUGAAGACAAGAAAAGAGCUCUCUUUGAAGACAUUAUUGGUGAAGACUCAGCAACACAAACUGUACCUAGAAAAAAGAGAAAGAAAGUGUCUAUGCCAUGAGUUUUAUAAUUAUUUUGCUCGA